CAUAAAAUAGAAAAGGAAAGAAGGGUAACCAUGAAAAUCAGCCUGGAAUUCCGUGGAGGGGCGGAGCUGCUGGUGAGCAACAUUGCCAAGCACUCUGUUGAUCUUGAGGGACCCCGGUGGACCAUGGCGCAGCUGCUGAAGUGGGUGAAGGAGAACCUCAUCGAAGAAAGGCCAGAGCUGUUCCUCCAGGGUGAUUCCGUGCGGCCAGGGAUUCUGGUGCUGGUGAACGACGCAGAUUGGGAGCUCCUUGGUCAGCUGGAGUACGAUCUCCAGGAGAACGAUAAUGUGUUGUUUAUUUCCACUCUGCACGGAGGCUGAUUUUUUGCUGUGUGACGCGUAUGUGUUGUGAUUUCAGGAAUUAAAGAUCACUAUGA